AAGGUGAAUAAAAUGUUGAUAUUGGCGGAGGGUUUUUUUUUUCCUCUUCACUUACCUACCUUCUUUUCAAACUAAUAUCGGAUGUCUCUGAAAAAAUUAAUAUCUUUGUAACAGAAAUGUCCUCUGCUAACGAGCUGAUUAUUAGAUAGAGGUUUCCUUAAGGUGUAGGUUUGCUUUUGAUUCUCUUUUGUGACUGUUUUUACAAAGAGAGAGAGAGAGAGAGAGAGAGAGAGAGAGAGAGAGAGAGAGAGAACACUGAACUUCCAAACUUUCAGAAUAGUUUCCUGUGCCAGCCGAUUUGUGUGUUGCAUUUUGACCCAAACCGAUUUUUACGCUGGGGACAAGGACUCCGAAGCGAGUUACUCAUUGCCUAAUUGUAUGCCGCCCAUCUAGACUAGGGUAAUUUUUGAUUGACCCCGGCCACAAAGGCGAACCAGGUCCAUUGUAGGCGGUGUUGCUCGGGCGUUUGAUGCUGGCUCCUGAUUUCCUGCCCUUUCCCCGAUGUUCAGUGCUCGCCCUGCAACUAACGAACCUUUCUCGCGGUGCCUUACCUUGCGAGGUAGGGAAGGGCAUCCAAAGGUUAGAAAAGGCAGGGGAGACAAAAGGCACCCUUCACCUGGGGCAGCCGGCGGGCAGAGAGGGAGAAAGGGGGGGGGCAGAUAGAGGUUGCCACGCUGCUGGGGUUGGCCAUCAAUGGAUGCAUCGGGUUUUACGGAUUCGCAUCUCUUUUGCAAAACAUGUGCGCGGGAGGAAGGGAGGGAGAGAGGGAGGGAAGCAGCGCACACGACUCGGAUAACAUGCGGGUCCCCUUGAUUACCCGUACAUUAUUUAGUGAAAUUUGAGGAAAUUGCGGUGUACACACAAAUCCGGUGAUCAAGCCCCGCGUCUGCCGAUUGGCUCAGCCGGUCACGUGGUCGCCUAACUUUAUUCAGUUGACAGCAAGUAGGAGGGCUCUCUGGAAGGAGAAAAAAAAGACAGCGCCAGAAAAAAUUAGUAAUUUUCUAUCUUCCGAAAUUAAUGGCCAUGAGUUCGUAUAUGGUGAACUCGAAGUAUGUGGACCCCAAAUUCCCCCCUUGCGAGGAAUAUUUGCAGAACAACUACCUAACCGAGCAAGGCUCGGAUUACUACGGCGCCUCGCAAGACUCUGAUUUCCAGCACCAGGGACUCUAUGCACGGCCAAACUACAGCGGGCAGCAGUCCUACAGCUGCAGCAAUGCCCAAGGCUCGGCGGUGCAGGCGCGGGGUCACGGACAGGAGCAACCCGGCCUGACGGGCCCCAUCCCCGGGCAAGGGGAGCACUGCCCCCCGCCCCCAGUGACUGCCCCCAGGACUUGCAGCCAGCAUCCAAAUCUCAAAAGCCCGAACGGGUCACCCGCAGCAGCAGCAGCAGCAGCCAAGCAGCCAGCCGUGGUGUAUCCCUGGAUGAAGAAAGUCCACGUGAACUCUGUAAAUCCAAACUACACAGGAGGAGAACCAAAGCGCUCUCGCACAGCUUAUACCAGGCAGCAAGUCCUUGAACUGGAAAAGGAAUUUCACUUUAACCGGUACUUGACCAGGCGGCGCCGGAUUGAAAUCGCCCAUACGCUGUGUCUCUCUGAGCGGCAAAUUAAGAUCUGGUUUCAGAACCGAAGGAUGAAGUGGAAAAAAGACCACAAAUUGCCCAACACCAAAGGCCGCACAUCCAGUUCCUCCUCCGCCUCCAGCCAUCACUUACAAACGGUUUCCAAGGAACACCACCAAACGGAUUUGACCACUUUAUAGAAAACUUGGAAGCAAGCCUUUUUCCCAGCGUUGGCUUCGGAAUUAGGCUGCCCAGGAUGUAGGCAGUCAAAUACAGGCGCUCACAAACACAUAAUGACACUAAUACUCAUCCUGGUGAAAGGGAAAGCAAGGUGUAACACUUUACAACUUUCCAAUGGGUCGCCUCCUGCUUUCUAAGACAGUGGAGACAAAUGUUACGGGGACCACAGGAGUGACGGAAGUCAACCUAAACAUUCAAACAAACAAAUUCUGCUUCCAGGUGGUGAGAAAGUGAUAUACUGUAUAUCUUAUCUGUCUAUAUAUAUAUGGAAAACAUAAAUAAAUCAAAUUAAUAUUUUUAAAUAAAAUUCCCCUGGCAGCAGACAGCUGGACGCUACUGCAGACAACCUAUUUGGGAUUGCCUUUAUAAUCUACCCGAAAGGGUUUGGGUAUUUGAGAUUAGCUGUUUUUGCCUGUUUUUUCAUUAUUCCAGGUUGUGGAGCAGGGCAGAUCCAAAAUUGACUUGAAAACAGGCAAAGGUUAUCUUUUCAUUUCUUUGAAUACUUUCAAUAAACAAUCUUAAAUUAAAAGCUUACCCAAUUCCUCUACCUUAGCAGGAAUAUCUUUAAACAAUGAAGUGAAACGGGUUAUUUUCAUGUGUUGGUGAUAUUGUAUUAGCCUAUGUAUUUAUUUGUUAGUUAGAAAAAGAAAAAAAAAUCAAACCAAAAAUAUAAAUAGAGGUAAAAACAAAUCUUACUCUCCCUCUCGCUGCUUGGAUUUUGUUUUUGAAAACUGAUUUCCUUUGCUGCUUUCCUUUCAGGUUUUUCUGUACAUAGGAAAUCUUUUUUCAGUUUUUCAGAUGAGAUAAAAAAAGAACCUGGGAUUUUUUUAAAAUUUGAAAUGGACUAAGUGUUCCCUUUUGUUCAUGGCUUGUACUUUAAGCCAAGAGAGGAAGAGGAGGAGGAGGAGGAGGAGGGGGAAAGUGGAUUAAAUCAACCACAAAAGCCAAGCCUCUCCCCCACCAGUGUAAUAAAUAUUCCACGUGAUCUGUGACCCUCAAAUUUAUUUUAUGUUCAUCCUAGAUUACUAUUUUUACUAGCUUCUUUUGAUUUAAUUUAUUGUGUUGGCAUUAAAAACAAAAGAACAAAAUAGAGAAAGAGUAGAUUCUAUGGUUUGGAUGGAAAGAUCAGUGCUUCCUUUUGAUUCAGAUGUAUAUAUACAAGAAGGUGGAUAUAUUUUAAACAGAUUUUCAACAUAAGGGCAGCUCUUACUGAGAGAAGAACAAAUGAGGAUAAACUUUGGCAGAAAUUCAUGUCUUUUGCACUGACGAGUAAGAUUUUUUUUAUUCUUUGCUUCUUCUUUUCUUCUUUGAAAAAAAAAAUCAGAUUUUGCCAAAAGAAUUUAAGCUCACACCAUGAUGAUAUAAAGGAAGAUUCCCCCCCCCCUUAAAAUCAUUUAUUCUUUCCAACCUAAUCUUGUGACAGGAACAAAGCAAAUGUUUCCCCUCUGCCCGUUUUCAGUUGGAAAAGCAGGGAGAAAGGUUCUGGGUUCAAGUAUUAAACUCACAGUCCCUCACGGUAAACUCACAGUUUAAAUUUUGUGCUUAAGCAUGUUUAUUUAUUUCCAAGGUAAAUUUGCUAGGUUUAAUGGAAUACGCAAUCUCAAAUUCUAUCAAUGGGGAAAGUUUUGAAUUCAGGAACCUCACGCUAACACACAGGCAUCUCAUUUGUUUCUUUCUUUUUUUUCCAGGCAGGCUGAUUUCUAAGCGCAUCCCUUGAUUUAAAGGAAAACAAUAAAAAUAAUAUUAGAGAAAGGGAAAGAAAAGGACAUUCCCCCCCCCCAAAUAAUUGACAUCCCAGAGAUCCACACUUAAUGUUAGUGGAUCUUAAGGGAAUAAACCUGGUAGUUAAAUUAUACCGCUUGCGGAUAGGAAAAUUUUAGGAUUAAUCUCCUAGCGGGCUCUUCCUUUCUCUCUCUUUUGGUGCCAGAGCCCCUUUCUUUGUCCUCUUUGAGCUGAACCUCCUCUUAGUCCCAGGCUCAGCCCCUAGCUCUGGCUCGCUCCGGUUUUUCUGUUGAAUAUCUGCCCGUCAUGAUAUUAAAGAUGGAUAUUUGGGCAUUAUUUGUGUCAUUGUCUCUAUGACAAAAAGCACCCCCGUCCAUUCAGGGGGAAGAGGACGCCUCCACGUUGAGAGGCUCAAAAGGUGCUUCUUUGCUCUCGCUCCCUUUUUCUUUUCUUCCUUUUUGUUUUUACUGAAGUUCGGCUCAACUGUAGAAACAGGUUCAUCCAGAGGACAAAUUUUCUAUGCGAUUAGCCUGUAUUGCAGCCUGGAGGAAUGACCUCUAAACCCUUAACCUCUUCGACCUGGAGGAGUCCCCCUUCCUUUUCGGCUGCCUAGCAAAGCCCAAGACUGCUUCAAACCCACUUGAAGUCUAAAUUCGGAGGUUCUUUCUUUCUUUCUUUCUUUCUUUCUUUCUUUCUUCCUUCCUUCCUUCCUUCCUUCCUUCCUUCCUUCCUUCCUUCCUUCCUUCCUUCUUUUUUUUUUUGAAAGCACCCGCCUAACUGCUGACUGGGGUGGAUUGUCUCUGGAUCCUUUUCAAAAAUCUCAUCCCACAAUUGUUUGAAUCUGGAGGGAGGGAGAGUUCACAUUAGGCCUGGUUUGAACCACUACUGCAGCCCUGUUCUGGCCUGAGCAGGAAACUGGCAGCCUCAGCUCCUUGGCAGCCUAAGCCUUUGCUUACUUACUAGCAGGCAAGUCCCCUCUGCCUUCAGCAGCCUAAGUCUUUUUUCAGUCUUGCUUCUUCUGGAGUCUCUUCUAAUGGGGCAUUCCCUCAGUAAGAGGUCUCAAUAUGAUUGCAUGGGAGGAAAUCUGGGAAAGGCGAGGAGGAGAACAAGGGAAACUUCUUUGGGGUUUUUGGGACACAAAACUGUUUCUCCUCCAAAUAGCUUAACAAGGGACGCCACUUUGCUGAAGAUAGAUUUUAACUUAAUCUUGUUUAGGACCACAGAUCCGAAGCCUAAUCCUAUCAUAUUUGUUCAGAAGUCAACUCCAAGGAUUAGGGCACUGCAAAGGACCGUUAGCGCAAGCCUUUAAGUCUGCUUUGCGUAACAGGACGAGGGUGAGGAAGGCUGUAAAAUUAAACACCCUAGGAAAGCUAUAUUCCUUCCCCCGCUGCUGCCCCCAUCUUCCCCACACACAGUGACACCUAUUUCCCAGUAAACAGGUUCUGAAGGGAACUGCUGUUGGGACAAAUUUUACUCCACUAUAUAGCCCAUCCCUCCCCAAACCCAUGAAUUGAAGAGGAUGCAGAAGGUGUGAAGAAAACAGUACUGGCCCAAGUCCUUUGUAAUGUUAAUGUCUUCUUGACAAAUGUUUAGUUCAAACUAAAGUUGACUUGAGAGAGUGUGUUUGAGUGCAGGGGAAUCCUCUUUGAGCUUUUUUUUUUUAAAAAAAGUCUUAAAUCUUGGUGGUAUGUAUGUUAGCGCACCCUUGAAAGGAAAUGAUAAAGUGGCCGAGUUUCAAAGGUUUUCUAUUUGAUGGCUCCACAUUGUAAACAUUUGGUCAAAAAUGUGAAUGAAAAUGCACGUGGGUGCCCACUGUUUACUUCCUACCAUCCUUUUUCACUGUUUCUGGGAGGGAGGCAGCAAAGGAGACUGUUCUGGCUGUGAGUUAAGCUGGGAUGGUACCUCCAGCAAAUGGAAGUUGAAGUCAUUUUCUUUCCGUUCGCAUAGGACUAUGCCUUUGGGUCCAACUGCAUUGUCCAACAAUCUCUGUUUACUAGAUUUCGCCAAUGUUUUGCUGCCUCUGAAUAAACAACUAUUUAUACAAACGGCUUUGAUAUCAUUAUUUGCAUACCCAGUUUUGAUGCACAGGCACACACAAAAUGUAAAGACCGG